GCCGGCGCUCCGCCAUCAUUGCCGUGCCGCCGUCACCGCCGCCGCCACCGGCACGGCGACGCGCCGCGGACCGCCGCCCCUAGAUGACUUCCGCCGCUUGAUGAGGCGACGAGGCGUUCACGAGCCCUCAUCUGCUCUUCCGACACGACAACAUCCACCUCCAGGCCCUCUUCCAUCUCACUUCGCUUCCUGCUCAUUCUCGCUUCAGCCCGCUCGCUCCCAGCACGCUCUCGACAUGUCCGUCACGCUGCCAGGCCUGAAGCUCGCCGUGGCGCUGUGCACCGACGAGCUCGCGCACUUCCUCGAGGGCUUCUCGCAGACGACGAGCACCGACUCCACGCCCGACGACGGCUCCGACGGCAACGGCACGGUGACGAUCAACGUCUCGUUCCGCGCGCCGCUGGGCGAGCGCCUCGUCUUCUACGCCAGCAUGCGCCCUGACGAUGCAGACCCCAUCGAGUGGCCUUAUAUUGUCAAGCUUCAGCAUCACGACGGGUCCGAGCACGACCCGAUGCCGCAGCACUGGCCCCAUAAGUGGGAGGAUGAUCAGCAAGAGUGGUGGGCGACUGACUCGCGAACCCGCGCCUUCAUCGCGGCGGAGAAGACGAGCACGUUCAGCAUCGCGCACGACGACGGCACGGGCAAGUGGAAGAAGAAGCCCUCAUACAUCAUCAGCUUCCAGCACGAGAUGGCCGAGCCGGCCCAGUGCGCCAACGAGCCUCCCGUCAAGAUCCAACUGACGCCGAUGCAUGUACCGGUACCGCGCGAGCGCGCCGAUGACGACGAGGAGGACGGCAGCAACAAGCGCCUGAAGAUGGACCCAGAUAGCGAGCAACACGCCGACGCUGCGCCGCCCGCCGCGGCUCGUCGGCACCAGGAGUCAUCAUCGGUCACGCUCGGCGACGGCACGGACGACGAGGAGGCAGAUCGGCCUCUCGCGCAGCUGCUACAGUUCAAGAGCGAGUACGCCGAGCAGCAGAUCGAGAGCUUUGGCCGGCGCCGCCAGGAGGAGCGCAAGGACGACGACGAGGCGGUACGCGGCAUCUUGGAACUGGUGCAGGGCGAGCGCGCCAAGGUCCUCAAGAAGCUGAGCGAAUGUGAGAGGAACAUCGAGGCGAUCCCCGUACAGGCCGAAGAGCGUCUCGCCGAUGAGCAGCACCGCUUCAAUGACGAGAUGGAGAAGCACCGAAAGACCAUCAAGAACACCGAGGCCAAGAUGCAGCGGCGCGAGCUUGACUUCGAGGCCUGGAAGACCGAGGAUGCCAAGACGACGGCCAGCGAGCUCAACCGCGCCACCAUCGAGCGCGGCGUGCUGGCGGAGCGCUCGCGCCGGCUCAAACGGCAGGUCGAGACGGCGGAGGCCAAGCUGGGCAAGAAGCGCGGUCCGGCGCCUACGGACCUCGUGCUCACGCUGCCGGACAGUGACGAUGAGGAGUAGCCAGAGUGGCGCGCAAUUGUGAGGCGGGAAGGCGCGAGAAGAGAGAGUGGAAGGGAAAGGCACCCGUGCAGCUGGCUGGGUGACGAUGCGUGGUUCAACGACCGCACACACGAG